CUGCCCUUGCGGCGCGGGAGCGGGAGGCGGCCGAGUUGGGGGCUGCUGCAGGCAGGAGCUAUGCUGGCCUUCCUAGCCAGGAGCCUGAAUAGAGCAGUCAGAGAGCAAAGGUUGCUAAAGUAUACAACUCCAUGUGUGUGCUAGAACAGGGUAAGAUUAGAGAGGAAGCCUGAGGCAGAGACAGAGAGGCUUACAGGGUUUUCCUUCUUCCAGCGAUGGAUAGGAAUCAGCUGCCAAGGAAGGCCAAGCCAUGUGGCUUAGUGAAGCCAGUGGCUUUGGGCAAGCUCCCAGGUAGAUACUUAGCCCACCAGGAGGGGUUGCCACGUCUGCCGGUGCCAGCUCUUCAGCAAACCCUGGAUCGCUACCUGCUGGCUCUGCAGCCCAUUGUCAGCGAGGAGGAAUUGAACCACACAAAAGGGCUCGUGGAUGAAUUCCGGAAAUCAGGUGGCAUCGGGGAAAGACUGCAGCAGGGCCUGCAGAGGAGAGCCAGGAAAACUGAGAACUGGCUCUCCGAAUGGUGGCUGAAAAACGCUUACCUCGAAUACCGCCUGCCGGUCGUGGUUCACUCCAGCCCUGGUGUGGUCUUACCUAAACAGGAGUUCCUGGAUCGGCAAGGCCAGCUCAGGUUUGCUGCCAAGCUGAUUGAGGGUGUCCUGGAUUUCAAGACCAUGAUUGACAAAGAGACCCUGCCUGUGGAGUACCUGGGUGGGAAGCCCCUCUGCAUGAACCAGUACUAUCAGAUCUUCUCUUCCUGUCGAAUCCCAGGACCGAAGCAUGACUCCAUUGUGAACUAUGCCAAAGGGAAAAAGUGGUCCCCACACAUCACCGUGGUUCACAACUUCCAGUUCUUUGAGCUGGCUGUUUAUAGUAGUGAUGGGAGCCCCCUCGUCGCUGAUCAGAUCUUCAUCCAGCUGGAGAAGAUCUGGAACACCUCCCUCCAAACAAACAAAGAGCCCAUCGGGAUCCUCACCACCAACCACCGAAACAGCUGGGCCAAGGCCUACAACAACCUCAUCAAAGACAAGACCAACAAGGAAUCUGUGCGUUCAAUCGAGAAGAGCAUUUUCAUUGUCUGCCUGGAUGCACCCAUGCCCCGGGCCUCUGAGGACAUCUACAAGAGCCGUGUGGCUGCUCAGAUGCUGCACGGUGGAGGCAGCCGCUGGAACAGCGGGAAUCGAUGGUUCGACAAAACCCUUCAGUUUAUCAUUGCUGAAGAUGGUUCCUGUGGCUUGGUGUACGAGCAUGCUCCCUCAGAGGGCCCACCCAUUGUUACGCUUCUGGAUCACGUUGUGGAGUACACGAAGAAACCACAGCUGGUGAGAUCGCCCAUGAUUCCUCUGCAAAUGCCUAAGAAACUGAGGUUUAAUAUCACUCCAGAAAUCAAGAAUGACAUAGAGAAAGCAAAGCAGAACCUCAAUAUAAUGGUGCAAGAUUUGGACAUCAAGGUGACAGUCUUUCACUACUUUGGGAAGAAUUUCCCCAAGUCCGAGAAGUUAAGUCCAGAUGCUUUUAUCCAGAUGGCACUGCAGCUGGCUUAUUAUAGAAUGUAUGGGCAGCCCUGUGCUACGUACGAGAGUGCUUCACUGAGGAUGUUCCAUCUGGGCCGGACAGACACCAUCCGAUCUGCUUCCGUGAGCUCUCUGAAGUUUGUGGAGACAAUGGACAAACCUAACAAGCAGAACGAGGAGAAGGUGGAUCUGCUGAGGAGAGCUAUGCAAGCCCACAGGCAAUACACUGACAUGGCACUAACAGGGAAUGCAAUAGACCGCCACCUGCUAGGUCUGAAGCUCCAAGCCAUUGAGGAUCUAGUCAGCAUGCCUGAACUGUUCAUGGAUACAGCCUAUGCUGUUGCUAUGCACUUCAACCUCUCAACCAGCCAGGUCCCAGCAAAGACAGAUUGCGUAAUGUGCUUUGGUCCAGUGGUCCCAGAUGGCUAUGGAGUCUGUUACAACCCUAUGGAAGAGCAUAUCAACUUUGCAAUUUCAGCAUUCAACAGCUGUGCUGAAACCAAUGCAGCCCACCUGGCACAUUACCUGGAGACAGCUCUGCUUGAUAUGAGGCUUCUGCUUCAGUCCACCCCCAAAUCAAAACUGUAAUAGAGGCAUUGCUUCAAACCUCCAAAACUCUAGGAGCUGCCCUAGAAGGGUCAUCUAACCCUAGCAGUCUGCCCCUAACAUCUAUGAAUCUAUGAAGCUCCCAGCUCCUCAAACACAGGGCAAGCAGUUUUAUGUUCCACCAGGGACUUGGGAAGGCACCAGCCACCAGAAGCUAUGGAAUAGCAAUGUCCAGCUACUUGACUGUAGGGUGAAAGGAAGCAUUGCCUUAAUCCAACUAGCACUGAAAAAGCCACUCCCGUUGUAUGCAAAGCAUACCUUCCUUUCUUUGAAGGGGACAGGAACAUUGUUAAUUUUGUACAGAAUUCACUGUGGAAAGAACACGGCACAUCCUUCGACUGACCCAUUCAGUAAGGAGUGUGGUGGCUCUUCUGAGAAAGCAGGAAUAAUCCUCCUCAAACUAAUCUGACUCCACCUCAAUCUUUUUGCUGGCUUAAGCUUUGGAUGGGGCUGUGAGCAUCCCUUUUGGGGCUUAAGCCCAACUAUUUUGUGACUCCCUGGGUGGGGUCAUUAGUGUUGUUAAAUUUUGGGGUACAGGGAUAAGUGUUGUAAUGCAGUGUAAGUCCAGUCCUCCUAGUAUGUGUUGUGCUAAGUAUCCAGGGUCCCUGCUUAUGUUUUUUUUCCCCACACCCUACAUAUGCUCUUGUCCCUACCUUCCCAACCUCUGGAUCUGUCCUUUCCUGUAUUAACUGUAAAACAUUUAUCACUAAUCAGCCCCAUUUCCUUUAUGCUUUUUAAGCAUAAAGUGACUGACAGCUAAAGAGCCUCAAUCACCAAGUCCAAGACUUAAAUUUGAGCCUCUUUGUACCACUUCUACUGAACUGAUGCACCUUCAUGAAUUUAUUAAUCCAAGAUCCACUGGCCUUAGCUUUAUGCACUUUAAUUAGAGGGAUAGUAUGGCCUCUGAGGCACAAAGUCUCCACCCACCUGUUUGACAAAGUAAAAAUAUGGAAGAAAGUUGACCAUCUAGCUGUAAAUAACAAAGGGUAAGCACAGUUUGCACCUCUGGCAUUUAUUGUAGCCAAAGGUGGUGCUACACCUCAUGCUUAGGAGGCAACCCAGGUUUUAUGGUGUACAGUACAUUUUUAAUCACACCGGCCCACUUAGAAAAAGCCUCUAGGGUCCAGCUUGCACAGCCCAAAGCUGAGGGCUACAAGUUAUGCUGCUUCUCAGUCCCUAUAUCAUCUGCCCCAAAGCUGGGGCUCUAAAGGUGCGGGGGGAGGAAGGGAAGAAACCACAAAACUCAAAUUUAAGAUCUAGAUAUUACCUAGAGCAGUUCACUUUCCAUAGGAACACUACAACACCUCUUCUGUGGAACCUGGGGCUCCUGCGUUACUAGAUCAACUGAACCUUGAGAAAGCAAGGGAUUUGUACAUACCUGAAGGUGCAAUUCAAGUGGCGCUCUACCAAUGCCUCCUACAGAUGUGACCUAAAUUUUUAUAUCCUUUCAAAUAGCAGUACUUGGAGACUUUUUCCAUCACAAUGAAGAGUUUAGGCAUUAUUCUUUCAAUAGGGAGAAAGCAGUAGUCUCAAGGUGAGGGUACUGAAUUACCAUCAGGCAACAGUAACAGCAUGAGAAUAUGGUGAGCUCAGUCUUGUCAUAUGAUACUUGUACACAGGACUAGGAUUACUGCUGCUUCUUUACUUCCUGGUCCCUUAAGCAAAGAUCAUAAUCAUAUUUUCUUUGUGGAUGUGGGGGAAGAAUCUUGUGUUGCACCUGUCUGCUCUGCUACUGUUGUACAACGCUUAUGAGCGUCAAGUCAGCCUAUCCCAUGUCUCAGAUAGAAACCUCCUCUUACUUCAGAAAUGAUUUUUUUUUUUUAAAAAUACUACUUCAUCCCUGAGGGAAAGUUUUACUGGAACUCACCUGUACAGCUAAUGAUUGUACAAACAUCCACUCAUGACAUCCCAUAUUGGCUUCAUUAAAAUUAAAAGACACACACAUGCACACCACAAGCACUAAAUGGAAUAAGAUGGUCAGAAAGCAGUGGGAGCAUGUAAUGCAAAGCAGUGAGUACAAAAACACUUGGUCUAGUAACUGAUUUCCCCACCACCACUCCCCAGUGGAACAGAUCAAAAGCUAGAAGAGGAUGACCAAAAUCUUAAUGCAUUGAUAAGAACAUUUAUUAUGUAAUGAAUAUUUACAUAAAGAGACUGCACCUUUCUGGAAUGAAGUGGAAUAGGUACAGACUUGCUGAGAUAAAAGCUGCUUUUUAUGGAAGCUUUCACUGUGGAAGAGAUUCCUUUAGUAAGAGCCAAAAUAAAAUUCCCACACCCCUCCAUCUGCAUCAAGUCGAUAUAGAUUCUGGUGGUAAAUAAGGUAACCCCUCCUUAGGAUGCGUCAAAGGACCUUUCACCACUGACAGUACAUCAUCAGUUAUCCAAGUAGCAACUCUGGUUUUGAACUUGUAACUGUUGGUAUUUGUUAUACAAACUAUUCCCCUUUCAGGAUUUACUUAAUUAAAUACUGUAUCUCUACUCCUACAUUUAAUACAUCAACUUGUUACUGUUGGUAUUGUAUAACAUACUUCUCAAGCUUUCCUGUACUUAGUAUGUAUAUGGAUAAGCUUGGUAUUGUUUUACAUUAUGCAUCCUGUGUUAGCAUAUAUAAUUCCUCACAAGAUGCUGCGGUUUCAUGAAUCCAAAUGAUGUGUUAUCUGAACAGCUGUUUGGUAGGUGCUUUCCAAAGGAGUUGGGAUAACAGAGGAUGUACUGUGCUACAUUACUUCGCACUAGUAUGUUAUUAUAAUAAGGCUAUUUUCAGUAACUAUUUUUGCCUUCUGAAAAGGCAACUCUCUUAAAAGACAAAUGCCUACUGAAAAGGAUGAGCUGGAAGUGCAUUUUGCCACAAACAUAAAUAUGAAUUAAUCGGAUUCUGAUCCGAGAUGUAAAUCUAAGUAUUGCAUUAGCUUCAGGGGUGUUCUUCAGCUGUGGUACUGAGGUCUUUACACAUCAGUGAUCAUGGACUGAGGAAAGCAUGAUACUUAUCUAUCCUGUGCAUUCUCUGUUAGUUGUAGAAGUUAGGAUGAAGAAAGGAACUGGUUUUUUAUUUUUUAAAACUGUUUACAGGAAUUUUUAUCAUUUUAAAAAGUAUUAUGGCAUUUUGUUGGUGUCAGUGUCAAGCUGUGAUGUUCCUCCAACUCAUCACUUCUUGACUCUGCCCUUCUCUCCCCACAAGGAUUGGUUAAUGAGUGCAGAGUCAUUUACUCUUUAUACUCUGCUCCUUUAACCAAAAGAAGCUUGUGGUCAGAGUAUUUAGGAGCUAGCCUUGAAAAAUCUGUUUAAAAGUUCUGAAUAAAACUAUUGAUUUACUGAAUAGAGAUCUGUAGAUUUAUAAUGUACAAUUAACUCUGGGACUGUCUGUGCAGUUGAUAGCAGUCAGGACUGUUUGCAUGCUCUGAUAGUUAAUUGUAUUAAAUGUUAUUUUUGAUAUUGUAAUCAGUGUCUUGUAGAGAUGGAAAUGUUCUUCCAGUCAAUUUAAUCAUAAAUAAAAGUCAACAUGCUUCCCAGAAGCCUUAAGUCUUUGCUGAAAUUGCUGAAGGAGUAAGUUAAAUGACAACUGUGUCUUUAUAGAAAGAUGUUCAUCCUGGGACAAGAAGAAUGGACCAUACAUACCAUAUUUUCUUUUACUGCUUUAGUAUCUCUACACUAGUCUCUGAAUGAGGGAGAGAAGGCAGAGAUCAUCUCAUUGGAAAGUUAUGGGUGGUUCUAGAGGAAAUGGUUUCUAUCAUUCAGGGCACUGUAGGUAGCCUUCUCCCUUCAAGACUGGAUGUCUGAUUUUAGCCAUUACUUUCUCUUCUCCAACACCGUACAACAUAUAGCCAUGAUGACAUGAUGGAAAUUCUGCCUCCUCGAACUAUAGUAAACAUUCUGAAGGACUGGGUAGAUAUGACAGCAGCUAUGCUAGAGUGAAGAAGGGCCUCCAUCUACUCCAAGGGAUUCCGUUAAACAGGUUGAGAUGUACUACUUGUUUAACAGUUCCACAGAGACUGUCACAUUCGAGACCUGGACUGGAGAGAUCAGGGGAGAAUUAGUUACCUCUAUUUACUUUUUUACUGCUUCAUCCUUGGGAAGGACUAAACUGCCCCUUUUAGACUUACUUGAUUUAGCAGAGGGAAAUGGAGGGGAACUGAAAAUUUUACUUAUAAACAGUUCCCUGAGGAGCAUGGAGCCAAGACACAGCCAACUGUUCUUAAUUUCCCAGCAUGGUGCCCCACUCAAGUAGCUAUGCUGUCCUAUUACCUGGCUUAUUGAACUACCAGCGCAUUCUUUUCCUGCACUUUAUCUACUCACUUGGCUUUUUAGAUGGAAUAGUUAUGAGCCUAAUCCCAUUGAAAGAAGUGGGAAGACUCCUGCUGACUUCCACAUGCAUUGAAUCAGACCUUAUAUACAGCUCAUGCCAAGAUCCUAAGUAUAAAACUAAUGGUUUUUCCAAGCAAGUGACAGAGCUUUUCUAGUGGGAGUUUGCACUAGACCACUGCAAUGACUAUGAAAUUGGUUUGAGAUGUUUAUCCCAAGAGCAAAUUUUUUAAUUAAGGAUUAGAGCAAUCUUAAUGAGCUGCUACAGUCUUUAAAUAUAUUUAAAUGUUUACUUUUUAAAAGUUUUUAAAAAUGGUUGUCAUUCUUAAUUUCUGCAUCAGGUUUAAAAGGCUCACCUCUUCCUGGGGUUAACCCUCUGAUUUAGGCAGGACAGUUUCUACAGCAGUCAACUUUCACCAGGGGCACACAGGAUCAUAGCAACAGGUACAGAUGAAAUCUUAGAAAUGCUGUGUUUAAAUUAAGGUGGUCGAGAAAUACAAAGAUGAUCAGAUAUGAGCAAAAAGUGCAUCAAACAUACCAGACUUUUAUAUGAAGCAAGAGUUGCUUUUUAAUGGAAGCCUAGCAAGCAUGCAGAAAGACUUAUGCACACAGCUACCAAACAUGACUAUCAUAUGGAUGCCAACAGCCUUUUGUUUAAUGCAGAUGAACAGCUGGGUUAAACCUUAGGAAGGCUUCAAGCCAACCAUAACCUUGCAUAGCCUAAUU